GUGGUCCAGGAGAAGCCAAGGUCAUCUCAAGAAGAUGGGGAAGUUACUUCUUUAUUUGGCCAGGUCUACUUCACUCACUGCCAGAGCCUCAUGAGGCAACAAGAGUCUGAAGCAAGUCCCAGCCCACACCCUGGCAGGCAGCCAGUGGCAGGGUGGAGCAGGAAGGCUUCUGGUUGACUUUUGCAUCAGGAUCAGGCUGAGCAUAAAGGAGGCCCUGUUGCCUGGAGGAGUCAGUCUUGGGAACCAUGCACACCCAGAGGGACCACCCUUUCCUGCGAUGGUCACUAUCAUUGCUGCUGCUGCUGGGCCUGGUGUUGCCGUUAGCCAUCUCCAAGACCCUCAGCUACAGGGAGGCUGUGCUCCGUGCAGUGGAUAACUUCAACCAGCAGUCCUUGGACACCUAUCUCUACCGCUUUCUGGACAUGGAUUCUCAGCCCCCAGGGGAUGAAGACCCAGGUACUCCAAAGUAUGUGGACUUCAGAAUGAAGGAGACAGUGUGUGACAAGGCAACACAUCAGAUACCUGAGCUGUGUAACUUCAGGGAACAUGGGGUAGUGAAGCGGUGUGUGGGGACAAUCACCCUGAACCAGGACACGGAGUCUUUUGACAUCGACUGUCAAGGGCCUGGGACACACCCCCAGCCGGUCAAGAAAGAUUCCCGGAUUGCUGAACUCCUGCGAAAGGGUGGGCUGAAGAUUGGUGAAAACUUUAAGAAAAUUGGUCAGAAAAUUAAGGAUUUUUUUCAGAAAACUGCACCUCAGGCAGAGAGUUAGGCCUGCCUUGGCCUGUUUCUGGAUUACAAAAAAUAAUAAAUUUGGUGAAGGAAACUUUU